UUGAGAAGCAGGCAGAGAUACAUCAAUUAGAAUAUGACGUUGAUGAUAUAAAUACAAAAAUUCUUCUUAUUCAAGAUACAAUAGUCGUUGAAGUAUUUCGCAGCCCUAAAAAUACAGAGUACUUGCAGUUAAUGUACUCUGAGAGAAUUGCAUUGUUAAAACCGAAGAGAAUAGAAAAGAAAGGAAAAAUUGCGGAAUGCUCAAAAUUUAAGUUAAUAGAAGGAAUGGGGCCAAUAUUAAAGGAAAUUGAAUCUGUUUUGCAGUCAUGUGGAGUAAAACGUCAAGCUUAUCACAGUUGCUCGUUCGUUGGAAAUCAUGUUCACAAAAUGUUAAAGGUUGAUAACAUAAAAAAGUUAUGUGACUCAAUUUCUCAAACAGUUUUUAAUAAUAUAGCAGAUAGAGAACAUCCAAUUUAUAUGGAGGCGGUUGACAUACAGCAAAAAUUUAAAGCAUUAUUUCACAAAUAUUCAAAGUGCGACAAUGAAAUGAAUUCAUGUCACUUAUUCAACGAAGAAAAUAUAAAGAGUUUCGAAACAGCUGUAUGCGAACUAAUGAAGUUUUUUAGAAGCACUUGGCCUAAUGAGUCAAUAACUCCAAAAAUGCACUUGUUGGAAAAUCAUAUUGGAGUUUUUUUGAGCACAUGGGGAGUUGGCCUUGGGCUAUAUGGGGAGCAAGGUGGCGAGAGUAUUCAUGCCGAGUUUAAUAAUAUUGGAAGAAUAUACUCAACCAUGUCUGGUACGAGAAAACUAGAAUGUAUUAUGAGAUAAUCAUUUUAUAAAAAAUAACUUAAUUGCGAGUUCGUUAAAACCGCCAAUCGUCCCUCUAAGAAAAAAAAUUAUAUAAUAAAAUUUAUAGUUUAUAUAUAAUAAAGUACUUAUGCAAAUUAUUAUUAUGCAAUAAUUAUGUAAUUAUCAAAUUUAUUGUUUAAUUUAUUUAUAUAUUUAUUAUGUUUAUAUAAGGUUCUUAAAGAUUUCGAAAUAGGUCGGCCCUAUUAUUUUACGAUUAGUAGAAAAUUAGCGAAAUAUUAGCCAACUUUCAAGCUUCAAAUCUUUUUGUAAAAAAAAUGGCUGGUAAAAAUAAUAUGCUAAAUAAUAUAGCUCAACCUUUAUUCUUUCAAAUGAUAUAUAACACUUUUU